AUGCCUAGGACAUUUGUAAACAAGCCAAAACAAGUCCGCAAGCCGAGACCGCCUUAUAAAAUAACAAGCAACGAUGAUCGAAUGCAAAUCAUUGCUGCCUAUGAAGAUGGGGAAGAUAGUGCAGAAUGGCAAAGAACAGCCAUCAAUUUAAAUAUCAACAUUGAAACUGCUCGGUCUAUAAUCAACAAGUGGAAGAAGACUGGGCAAACGAAAGCUGAAACGAGAAAAGGUAGAACCCACGUCAUCACAGGUCGAAAAGCAGAUUUGGUGCUUGCAUUAUGUGCUGAAAAACCAACAGCAACGUUGGAGUAUUAUCAGGAUGCUUUGGAGCGUGAAUUUCCUGAUGACGAUCCUCCUUCGUUAUCAACAAUCAACAACUUCUUAGACGGAAAAUAUGUUACACUAAUGAAACAAGUUACACCUCUACCAGCUAUGACAAAUAGUGAAGAAGUAAUUGAGGAGCGCAAGGAAUUUGCUCUUUGGUUUGAAGAAGCCAACUUGCAGAAAAACCUUGUGUCCUUCGAUGAAUUUUCAUUUCACUCGUUAAGCAAGAGAUCAAGAGGAAGUAACUUUCAAGGUGAGAGAGAUGUUUUAAGACUGCCAUGUGCAAGGACUCAAACUCUCAACAUUGUUAUUGCUAUGAGUAGACAAUUCGGAGUGAUGAAUUGGAGAUUCAAAAAAGGAAUCAAAACUGCACAAUGGAUCAUUGAUUUUAUUAAGGAGACAUCGGAGUUAUACAAGGAUCAACCACUUUGCUAUGUGGGAAACAAUUCUAAUGUUCAUGAUUUUGAAAAGAUUGAAAAAGCAAUUGAAUGCUACGGACACACUGUUCAUGCUUUACCAAGAUAUUCUCCUCAACUGAACCCAGUAGAAAAUGCAAUCAAUGUCUUGAAGUGUGAAAUUAAGAAGGAGCUCGAACAAGAGCAAGAAGAGAUAGAAGCUACGAAAGAUGCGCCACAGGGAACGAAGCAAAGCAAACGAAUGGAGAUUUUACAACAAGCUGCAGAGCAUGCAUUAGAAAGUUUAACAGAGGAUCAUGUGCAAAGAUUCCAUGAUAACUCCGCUUCCUAUAUUCAAAUGGCGAAGAGGGGACAAGAGUUCGAGUAA